GGUGGGUAGAGAACAUAAGAGUGAGAGAGAACUGCUGCUGGUCACUCGUCUGCUAGCUUUCAUCCCUUACAGUUAUUUCUCUGGUGUGAGUGUGUUGACCACCAUGGGUCGUCACUUGGGAAACCUGUUGCCUCUCCUGCUCCUGCUGGCUGGACCUGCCACCUCCUCUCUCCUCAACAAACUCAAGCCUCGUCAACAAUACCUCAAUACUUCAGAACCACCCAACACACCAUCAGGAGAACUUUCUGGGGUUCUAAACAAUGACAACAUGUGUGAAUCACUUCAAGUGUUGGAGGAAGAAUCUGGCUACAUUGAUAUGUGGUCAGCCAACGGAACCUACCAGAACAAUCUUGACUGUGAGUGGCGGAUCUUCACCUCUCCAGGCACUGUCAUCCACUUCACCUGGAUGAGCUUUGAUCUCGAAGGCUCAUCUAACUGUAUUUAUGAUUAUGUUCAGAUACAGGAACUCUCUUCAUUUGGUGAAGUCUUAACAAUGUACAACAAGUCCUGUGGCAACGUUCUUCCAAUGAACUACACAUCCUCCAGUAACCGUGUGGCAAUCAAGUUUCGCACUGAUAGUUCUGUGGCGGGGCGAGGUUUCUCUCUCCUCUACACCAGUUCUGUGCCAGCAAAUGGUACUUUCAACACCACUAUGCCUCCUUCAAGUACAUCAGCACCCACCACUCCAGUCUGGCCCACUAUUGUGGACUGGUUCACCACCACUGCCCAGCCUGUCAACAACACAUCAUUGUGCAGUGGAUUGCCAAUGUUGGAGGAAGAAUCUGGCUACAUUGAUAUGUGGUCAGCCAACGGAACCUACCAGAACAAUCUUGACUGUGAGUGGCGGAUCUUCACCUCUCCAGGCACUGUCAUCCACUUCACCUGGAUGAGCUUUGAUCUCGAAGGCUCAUCUAACUGUAUUUAUGAUUAUGUUCAGAUACAGGAACUCUCUUCAUUUGGUGAAGUUUUAACAAUGUACAACAAGUCCUGUGGCAACGUUCUUCCAAUGACCUGCACGUCCUCCAGCAACCGUGUGGCAAUCAAGUUUCACACUGAUAGUUCUGUAGCGAGGCGAGGUUUCUCUCUCCUCUACACCAGUUCUGUGCCAGCAAAUGGUACUUUCAACACCACUAUGGCUCCUCCAUGUACAUCAACACCCACCACUCCCGUCUGGCCCACUACUCUAGACUGGGUCUCCACCACUGCCCAGCCUGUCACCAACACGUCAUGGUGCAGUGGAUUGCAAAUGUUGGAGGAAGAAUCUGGCUACAUUGAUAUGUGGUCAGCCAACGGAACCUACCAGAACAAUCUUGACUGUGAGUGGCGGAUCUUCACCUCUCCAGGCACUGUCAUCCACUUCACCUGGAUGAGCUUUGAUCUCGAAGGCUCAAAUUCCUGUCCUUUUGAUUAUGUUCAGAUACAGGAACUCUCUUCAUUUGGUGAAGUCUUAACAAUGUACAACAAGUCCUGUGGCAACGUUCUUCCAGUGAACUACACAUCCUCCAGUAACCGUGUGGCAAUCAAGUUUCACACUGAUGGUUCUGCAACACGGCGAGGCUUCUCUCUCCUCUACACCAGUUCUGUGCCAGCAAAUGACACAGACCCAGCUAGCUCCUCACCUGCCCCACCCACACCACAGUGGCCCACUGCCUCGCCAUCUGUUUUACUGUGUAAUGGCACACAAGUUUCGUUGGCUACCCGUGGCAGCAUCAGUGUAGGGUCUUCCACUAAUCACUAUGAAGACAACCAGAGCUGUGAGUGGCGGCUAGUGAGUCCUCCAGGCUCUGUCUUCCGUAUCACCUGGCACAGAUUCGACCUGGAAGAAGGUAUCUCUGCAAUUAUGACUAUGUUGAAGUCCUGGAUGUUUCUUCAGUCAGCGUAAAGCUCAGAGGGAGGUACUGUGGACACAGCCUGCCACCUCCACUCCUCACCUCAUCCUCUACAGCAGUCAUAAGAUUCCAGAGUGAUGGCUCAGUGGCUGGUUUUGGCUUCACUCUUCUCUAUGAAAAUGUUUCUGACCAACAAGACUCAAGUAAUGAGACUGACUAGAAGAAUGGCAAUGGCACCAGAACUGGUUGUAGCAGUGGCUGUAAGUAACAUUAAGCUAUAAUAAUAAACAACGGAUGAUGGAUGGCUGUAAUCAUAUGCUGCUAGAAUCCAUAAAUCAAACCAAAUGACUAUGAAUAUAUGAAUAUAAGACUUAUAGAUACAAUCAUAUAAAUACAAUACAAAAUUUUACUGUACUGUACUGCACUUAUAAAUCAGUUGCACCCCAUUUUAAAUAACUGUACACUAUAUUGGUUGAGUGGAUGCAGUGCUUACCUCUUGCCCUAAGGAUUGCUGGUUCAAUCCAUGGGCAAUGAAUCCCAAUCCACCCAGCUGUAAAUGGGUACCUGACUUUACAGAUGGGAGAAGAGAAGGCGUACAGGUACUGGUCACAAUACCACCUUGUGUACUGAAGGUUUAGUUUACAAUGUGGUGGAUCCACAGUGGACCUAAUUGGUAGUCAGGCCUCUGGGACCCACUUUUCUUCUUUCAGUAAAUACAUGUUUAAUUUAGCUCCACCACUUGAUAUCUGAAUAGUUUUUGAUGAGAUCUGCUGUAUGUUAUGGUUAGUUUUAAUGCUGGAAAAAAUAACUUGAAAAUCAGUUAUGAAGAAGACCACAAGAAACACACAAACCUCUAACAAAAACUACCCAACAGUUUUCAGGUCGAGUUCGGUUAGUUCUUAACAUCACUUCAUAAAUAGGUUUCAUAAUAAAUCUUUCCUCACUCUACCAACAAAUUUGUAUUCUCUGCAUUAAGACAAACAUAUCAAUGGAAACUUCAUUCCAAAAAUACAAAGUAGUAGUGGGAAAGCUGAGUAGUAAGCCCAUACAUGUCAAUCUUGUUUAUAAUUUAAUCCACUUGUGUUGCAAGACCUCGUCCUACUGGUCAUCAACUGGUGACAUCACUAUGAACAGCCCCUCAUCAACACUGGAGACAUCUUGACCACCUUACUGUAACCAGAAUAACACAUUUCAUAAUUACAUAUUAAAUAGAGGUACCUGUACUGUACCUAUGUAAAAAUUUAUGGAAGAAUUUCACACACAGUUGAGAAAUUCCCACAUAGCAGCAGCAUUCAUAAGAUGGAAUAGAAACCUUAAGAGAACCAUAUACAGGUACAAUUUAAUACACCUAGACCAUGAAAAAAGGGGCCAAAACUCUUCAUACAUGUUACUUUAACUCUAGAACCAUAUACAACAUACAGUAGUCUAAACAGAAAUAAUACAUCAUGGACAAAAGAUUGACAUUAGAACCUCAAAUAAUAAUAAUUGUGUUAAAUAGCUUGAACUUUGUAGUCCUAUACUGUACAGUAUCUAAUAAAGCCUAAGAAGACUGGAUCCCUAUAACUAAGAACAAAUAAAAUCUUACAACCAAGAGAUUAGAUUAGCCACUUGUGUCUGGGGUCCCCUCUGCUAAAUAAAAUUGUUUGGCAUUAGACAAAUAAAAUUCUAAAAGUGACAUCCCCAUGGUAAAGGGGUUAAACCUACAACUCUUAAUAUAUAUGUUAAUAUGACCUCACCUAAGACUAUCUUUAACUGGAAGCAGGAUCACUAGUAAAAGACUGUAACAAG